UUUAGAUACAGCUUUCAAAAUGGAAAAACUUUUUAAAAGUUUAAAGAUUUUCAUCAGUUUCAGAAAUAAUGCAAAACUCGAUACCCGGACACAGUUAUGCAGGUUGUUUUCAGCCCACAACACACCAUCGAAUUCAACGGCUGCCUUAGAUGGCAUAAGAGUAUUAGAUCUUACAAGGGUUUUAGCAGGCCCAUACUGCACCAUGAUCUUGGGUGACCUGGGUGCUGACAUAAUCAAAGUGGAGCGACCUGGCGCUGGAGAUGACACUCGUACAUGGGGGCCUCCUUUCUGUGGGUCAGAGAGUGCAUAUUUCUUAUCUAUAAACAGGAACAAAAAGAGUAUUUGUGUGAAUAUGAAAUCCAAAGAAGGUCAGGAUAUUCUUCAAAAGUUAGCCAGUAAGAGUGAUGUGCUAAUAGAGAACUACAUUCCUGGUACACUGGACAGAAUGGGACUGGGCUACAAUCAGCUCAAGGAGAAGGCACCAAGUCUGAUAUAUUGCUCAAUUACAGGUUAUGGUCAGCAUGGGCCAUACAAGAAACGUGCUGGAUAUGAUGUUAUAGCAUCUGGUAUUGGAGGACUUAUGCAUAUCACAGGACCUAUGGAAGGGGAGCCAUGUAGGGUAGGUGUGGCUAUGACAGACCUCUCUACAGGUCUCUAUGCCUAUGGAGCUAUCAUGGCUGCAUUGUUGUACAGGCAGAAGACAGGCAAGGGCCAGCACAUAGACUGCAAUCUGCUUGCCACACAGGUAGCAACUUUAAGUCAUGUGGCAUCCAACUUCUUGAAUGCUGGUAUUGAGGCCCAGAGAUGGGGCACAGGACAUGUUAGUCUUGUCCCUUACCAGGCUUUCAAGACCUCAGAUGAUAAGUACAUUACAGUAGGAGCAGGGAAUAAUGCUAUGUUUGCAGAACUUUGCCAGAGAAUGGACACAGAACAUUUCCUUGAGGACCCCAGAUACAAGGACAAUGAAGACAGAGUUGAGAACAGGAAGAUUUUACUCAGCUGCAUACAAGAAAGGUUUUCUGAGAAGAGCUUGUCUGAAUGGAUGGAUGUUUUUGAUGGCUGUGGCUUUCCAUAUGGCCCCAUAAACAACAUAGAGCAAGUGUUCAAUGACCCUCAGGUGCAGCAUUGUGAUCUGAUACAGGAGAUGGAACAUUCAACUGUAGGGAACAUCAAAAUACCAGGUCCAGCUGUUAAAUACAGUGAGAGCAAGACUGUUCUACAGGGUGCCCCACCUACCCUGGGCCAACACACUAGUGAGGUACUCACUAACAUGCUAGGCUAUUCCACAGAACAAUUGGAACGUUUAUACAAUAAUGGGACAGUGCAAUAAUUAUAUCAAGAGGAGGAAAAUGUGCAGUAGCCUAAUCCCAUAGAUAAGGAAUAACUUUAACUAAAGCCAAGUUCACACCAA